UUUUUUAAUAACUAUAAUAUCGACUAGAUAUGGAAAAUUGUUAUCUAAUAGACUCGGAUGAGAACUAUUGGAGAAGAUUUAUAUGUAUAAGGGAAGGUUAAAGUAUGUCUGAACAAAUGUAACUUGGGAUGGUUUAUUUCAAUGUAAGAUUGCUAUACAUCUCUUAGGCCACAUCCUGCGAUCGAAACUUGAAGGAAUCAAAGCAUACUCCGAUUCUUCGGCGGCGUGUAGGCCAACCACGUUUUAAUGUAGGGUGCUACUUCGGUAGAUGGUGGUGGCAGCACAUGGGAGUCGGAAGUGGGGGGUGGGGUUACUUUAAAGGCUUAAAAGGCCUUCCAACGUCCUUGUAACACGCAGUUCUCGAAUAGAGCGUAAAAGCAAACAGUUUGAGGAACAACUACCCCGAAAGUGCGACGAAACCCUUGCCUAAAUAUUUUUUUUUAUUAUCACUGAUAACUGCAACAGUAACAGUAACUUAGAUAUCAGUGUAUAUCGAAACAGUUGAAGAAGAUCCUGUGAAAUCCUUGAAUUUGUUCUGGUAACAGAUUUUCAAAGAAAGAGGAAGUGCCUUCUGUCUUCAAUUACGUAGUAAUUUUACAAGCUUCUUAAUCGAGUGGUUAGUGUACAGUUUGAGUGGCAUAUCUUUGAAAGGUCAGUGCAACAAGUAAACUCAUAAGAAAUGAAAAAGGGAAGAAGCUCACACAUACUUGCGACGUUCCUUUUACUGGUGUAUUUUGUAUCGCCAUCCUCCACUUGGGCGCUCACCACCUUUGGCAAAACUAAUCCACAGAAUCAAAAUCAAAACCCACCACCACCCCCUACGCCAGUUGGGAAGGCUCGCGAAUGCAAAUUAGAGUCUGAUUGCGCUGGUAUACAAAACACAACAUGUGUGUCAGACCCUCGAGAUGGAAAAACUCGUUGCUUGUGCGGCGAUUAUUCUGCACCUCAAAAUGGCGCGUGCACCAACAAAUUCAAAGCAUUGCGUACUCUAUGCAACGACGAUUCUGAAUGCGUAGAUGGUGCUAGUUGCACACUACUCGCCAAUAGCACGUCUGGAAAACGUUGUUAUUGUCGAGAUGGAUAUUACGAAGAAAGUCCUUUACUUUGUAAUGGAAGUGCAGCCAUCUUUACAUUUCAUACGACAAUUCUAUUAGCAAUUCUAAGUCUCAUAAAGGGAAACGUUAGUUUCUUAAAUACGUUAUAAAAUUUCCAUAUAUUAAUGAGAAAAAUAUUAUGAAAUAUUAAUUUACUUGAAAUUAUAUAUAUAUAUA